AUUUAUUAAUACUCUUUUCCUCUUUCUAGGAUUGGAACCAGCACAACAAUAGUACGACACACCGACGACUUUGUGACCUCCUUGUGGAAAUAUAUCCAGAAUGGAAUCCGGAUGCCUUCCCACCACAAAUGGGCGAUCCUCUGGUUUUACAGUCAACAAACCUGGCUCCAGGGAUUCUGGGUCCCCCACCAUCUGGAUCCUUUCUUGCAUCGAACAGAGGCAUGGGAGGGAUGGAAUCCCAUGGGGGAUCAGGUCGCAAAGGCCCUACGGAUAACAAACAAGGAAACAACACUCAGAGGCUGCAGAAGCCAUCCAGAAUGAAUGCGAAUGAUGAGCCUGGACGAGUAGUUCACAUUAGUGAGUUGCAGCGAGGUAGAUGUACGAAUCGCGAUCUAAUCAAGCUGGCUGAACCUUUUGGGAAGGUUACAAACUACUUGUUGAUAAAGUCAAAGGGUGAGGGAUUUGUGGAAUUGGCAUAUCCUGAAGCAACUCAAGCCAUGGUGAAGUUUUACCAGAUGAAACCUACGUUUAUUGAUGGCAAUGCUGUCAGAGUGGAACUCUCCCAGAAAUAUAAAAAGCUGACUAUAAUGGGCAAAGAAAGUGAAGAACGAAGCCGGGUCGUCCACAUCAGCAACUUGCCUUCUGUUGGCUAUUCUGAUUCAGAAAUCGUAUGCCUUGGUAUGCCCUUUGGAAAAGUGACCAACUACCUACUAAUGAGAGUUAAAAAUCAGGUACUGUAG